AUGGUUAAACUGCUUGGCAUCGAUUUCUCACCGCUCUCCGAGCCAUGGGAUAAGAAACUUCAAACGCUUGGUGUCUUCAUAGUGUACACAAUGAUAUUCCCGAUGAUUGCAGUGGGCCUCUUUUUACCAUUCAUUCUGUUCUUCACUCUUCAAUGGCACAUUCUUUUCAUAUAUAUUUUAUGGUUUCUCUAUGACCGAAAAUCACCACAGAGCGGCGGAUAUAAAAAUCACUGGCUGAGAGGAUGGAAGUACAACGAAUGGUACGUCAACUACUUCCCAUCAUCCGUUCAUAAAACCACUGAUCUGCCGGCAGAUCGG